CUGGCCACAGUCAAAACAAUAACGACUGUAUUUAGAUUUCCGAUAUCGCCGUGUCCACAAUGUUAUAAAUGGCGUUUCCCCGAAAUUUUACGCAUACCGGCUUCAGUUGCUCAACGCUUUAGACAUUCUAAAAGUGAAAUAGUUGUUGCAGAGAGAGUGUUGGAAUAAAAUAUUGGUUAGCAUAAAGAAACGAUGACAAACCAACUGCUCUUCCUGUGUACCAUAACCACCACCACCGCCAUAAUUCACAGCGUUAAUGUGGCCUUCUUCGUGAUCUUUGCAGCGGUAGCCUACUGGAUCUACAGCACUUGGCGCUUGAAUAGUCCGCCCAGCAAAUGGCGGCGCAUAGGCGUUGUGGAUCGAAUGAAUAUCUAUCCGCUGAAAUCCGCAGGUCCACUCGAAUUGAAUCCCGAAGAUGAAGUGACCUGUGAUCUGUUGGGACUGCGCUUCAAUGCCGCACACGAUCGUUCAUUAAUGCUGGUCGGUGAUCAAAAUCAAAUGAUAUCCGGUCGCCAAUAUCCCAAAUUGGUUUUAGUGCAUCCCAAAAUGUUAUCGCCGACGCGUGUAGUCUUCACCGCACCCGAUAUGGAAGACCUCGAGUUGGACUACUCGCACGUGUUGGAGCAGUCACAGGGUCGCGGUGUGUACACAUCGAUUUUUGGCGCCAAAAUCAAAGCUUUACUCUGCGGUGAGCGCUACGAUAAGUGGUUCUCGCGUUUCUUACUCGGACAGGAAAGUGGCAUGCGCUUGGCUUAUUAUCCGUACCGCAAGCCGGUGCGUGCCAUCAAUAUGCGCAUGAUACACCAACCGCUGGUAACCUGCGACGAUACGGGCACCUUUAACAACGCCACCAGUUAUAUGCUCAUCAAUUUGGCCUCGGUGAAAGACUUGAACACGCGCAUACCACAUCCGGCGCAUCCGUUGCAAUUCCGCGGUAGCUUUCAGCUGAGAAUGGACGAAGAAGUGGCGUACGCAGAGGAUAAUUGGAAGUGGGUGAGAAUUGGUGAAAAUACUAUCUUUCGCGUGCUCGCACCGUGUACGCGCUGUAUUUUUCCCACCACAAAUAUUUUCACCGGCGAACGUGACCAAGACGGCGAACCGCUGAAAACGCUAAACAAGUACCGGCUGUGGCCUCAUCAAACUGGUCCGUCUUUGGGCAUCCAAAUGGGCUUACGCCAGACUGGUGUAGUGAAAGCAGGGGAUGCCAUCUACAUAGAAGACGAGUAGGCAGAGCUCAUACGUUUGAACGAUUAUGUGCGGAAUUUUGCUGAGGCCAUUCAGCAAAAAAUUUAUCAACAGCAUAAGUUUGUGCCACUUAUGGUCAAGAACUGAUUAAUUUUUAUCAAAAUUGCUCGAGUGUAUUUUUAUCAAUUCUAUAGAACAAACUAUAGAACAAACAAGUUUUUUUAUAGUUAGUUACUAAAAUUGCUUAAAUUAAAUUGAAAACAUUCUUAAAACGAAGUGACUAAGAAUUAUUAUAUCUUAACCCGAAUUAUUUGUACAAAAUUUUAUCCGGAUCAAUUCAUUGGUACUAGAUUUGUGUAAUGAGGGAGAGCUUGUGAGCCACCAUUCAAACAAUCGCAGGCGCACCUCUCAUAAUCGCUGAUUUAUCCGCUUCCACUGCUCUCGUGAACACUGCUCUUUCCACAUUUCAGUUUCUCCAUUAAGUCAAAACUCGAUA